CGCGAUCGGUGUCGGGUGGAUCUGGUGCCGUCAUCUGUUGCUGAGACUGUCUCUGCCAUCCCGCAACAUCACGGGCGGAUUCAACGACCGUCGCCCCACUGACGUUCUCAUUUGACCGAAUCAAAGAUUCAUUUGGCCACGAUCAAUCGCAAUCUGAUCAGUCUGCACUUCUGCAGCGACAAUGGCCACCGUAGAACGAGUGAAGCCCUUCCACCUGCUGCAAGAGCACGAAAAAGUCCAAACCAGAUAUACUGAAGAUGUUGAGGUGCUUCGCAAAACUUUCGCUUCCGGCAAAACGAAAAGCCUCGCUUGGCGGAAAGAUCAGAUCCGGAAACUUCAGCAAUUCAUCGAAGAUCACUACGAGGAUCUGGUCAACGCCGCGGAGAAAGACAUCGGCAAGAGUCGUAUGGAAAGCGUCCUCUACGAGGUCGAGUUCGUUCUCAACGAUAUUCGGGGCGCCGAUAUCGAGCUCGAGGGCUGGAUGAAAGCCGAAUCCGUCCCGAAAACCUUAAUGACCGUCCUGGACCGGAGCUUCGUGCACAGCGAGCCUUACGGGGUGGCUCUCAUAAUCGGAGCUUGGAACUAUCCCGUUCAGUUGGUGAUAAGUCCGCUGGUAGGGGCCAUCACAGCUGGAAACUGUGCCGUUAUCAAAACAGCUGAGCUUAGCCCGAACACGUCAAAGGUCAUGUCUAAACUAACGGAGUACCUGGACAAGGAAGCAUUCCUGUUGAUCAACGGCGGGGUGGAAGAAGCAACGGAGAUCCUCAAGGAGAAGUUCGAUUUUAUUUUCUACACCGGCUCGGUUUCGGUUGGGAAGAUAAUUUACGCGGCUGCUCAGAAAUACCUGACACCGGUGACUCUUGAACUCGGGGGCAAGAGUCCCGUGUACGUACAUUCCGAUGUUGAUCUUGAAAUGACUGUCAGACGCAUCCUUUGGGGAAAGUUCGUGAACGCCGGACAAACUUGCGUCGCUCCCGACUAUGUCAUGUGUCACGAAAGCGUUCACGAUAAAUUCAUUUCGAGCACGCACAAGAUCAUUCGUGAAUUUUUCGGCGAAAAUCCUCGAGAGAGUCCGGACUUCGCGAGAAUCGUCACUCAACGUCAUACCAAGCGACUUGUUGAUCUUCUGAAAGACGCUGAUAUUGUUCUCGGUGGGGACGCGGACAUCGAACAACGUUACCUAGCUCCCACAGUCGUUCAAAAUGUGCGCGCAACCGAUCCCGUUAUGCAAGAAGAAUUAUUCGGACCUAUCCUUCCCGUACUGCGAGUGAAAAACCUCGACGAAGCUAUCUCAUUCAUCAAUGCGAGAGACAAACCUCUCGCGGCAUACGUUUUCGCCGCUCAUGAGAGCAUCGUCUCCCGCUUCCUCAACGAGACCUCCUCAGGAUCCGCGUGCGUGAACGACGUAAUGGUGCAUCUGUCGGUCGAGGGUCUCCCGUUCGGGGGCGUCGGGUCGUCGGGAAUUGGUCGAUACCACGGAAAGCAUUCCUUCGACUGUUUCUCAAACAAGAAAGCCGUUCUACAGCGGGACUUCUCUUGGAUCGGGGAAGCUGUCGGGAGACGGAGGUAUCCUCCUUAUAAGAUAGGGAAUAUCGACUUCUUCAAAUGGAUUUUGAAGCGUCGCAAGAGCUACCUUGCUUUCACGUCGAUACUACCAUUCUUGUACGGAACUUGCUUCGGUCUGUUCCUCGCUGCCAUCUACAGUUUUCUCAGCUCUUCUCCGUGAAUCAGCCUCCGAGCUCGAAUCCGGGCGCUGAAGAGAAUUGCAGAUAUCCUCCGAGGCUUGACUCUCUUCCCCGAACUGGAGCCAGACUCAUAACGGUUCAAUCGGACCGAAUUUCUUCGAAAGCGCAUAAUGUCGCAGUUGCUGGAUGGCGGAUAGUCGUUCCCGGAAAAGCGCAAUAUGAACAUGACAUAUCUGAGCGAAUCCAUAUCGUAUACGAGGUUAUCUUCAUAUUUUUUAUUAUAUACAUUAUCUACGUACGCCUUCGGCAAAUUACUUCGAUUGGAAAGUUUCCGCUUCGAUUUCACUCUGAUCCGAGAGUAUGGAAUGAGGAGUUUUCUCCCGACGGAUUGACCGAUUCUGCGGCGGAGGAUGGGCCCCGCGCCAGGCUUGAGCUGCCCCCCAUGCGAGGCGACCACAAUUCCAGUGCAUUCGAGUUUCCAUAUGAGCAAGCCCCGUGAAACAGGCUUUCAAAAGAGAUCCAGGAAUAAACUCAAAUUCAUCAAU